AAACGGGAAUCAGUAUGAACUUCAUUGUUUUAGAUACGAUAUUAGCUUAGUAAAUGCUAGAAUGUAGUAAAUGGGUAUAUUAACGUAUGUCGUUAUAUACAACGCUGUUAAUCAACACAUAUAUACUUCUCAGGCACACAUUUGCCGGAAUACACUAUAGAACAAUUUUUAAUACUGAAUAAUAGAUAGAAUCAUACUGAGACUGAUUUUGUGACCGUGUACUAUGUGCAGACUCUGGCCACUAUUGAUUCUUUCUUUUAUUUGGACACUUUUGGAAUCAGGAGUCAACACACUAACCUGGAAUAUAGCUAUAUAUGGUUUAGAAGGUCCAAAAAUAUCAACAAUAAUGGCCCUUUUCAAUUACGUGGCGGUACACUCAACCGCGUUCCUUCGACCGACGUCUCAUAGGCGUUAUAAGCGACUAUUAGGAGCGUUACAGGCUGCUCAAUUGCAUUCUUAUGUUGGAAUCCCUAAACAUAUAAAGUCAAAAAUGGGACGUAGACUCGAUAUUGACUUACGAAAUCCAGUAGGACAGACUGCAGAAUUGAUAAAGCAAUUCUUUCGGGAGCAAGUCGAAGAAAAUGAGUCACCAGGGAGUCACUAUGGCUACAUAGCAUGUGACAAUGAGCCUGUAACUAUAAGAGAUAAUUUUGAUGAAUUACAGGUACCUCUAGACCAUGUAAGUAGGAAGCCAUGUGACAACUAUUAUGUGUCUGAGGAUUAUGUACAUAAUUUUGACAGACAUGUUAUGGAAUCGUAUCCUUCUAUAUUGUCCGAUGCGCCAACUGGCACAUAUUGCAACAAGAUUAUAAAUCGCAUCGCGGAAGAACUAGGCCAUUCCGUGUAUAAGGUGUUGCCAACGCACGCCACAUCGCAUCUUCCUAAUAUAUUACGAAAUGGCAUCAGAAGGGCCAUAUAUUCUGGUCAGGUCUUUAGACGAGACACAAUAGAUUCCCAGCACUACCCCGUAUUUCACCAAAUGGACGGUGUAAAAAUAUUCACUCGUAGUGAACUCCAACGUAUAAAACGGCAACACGGUGAUUCAUCAUUACUAUUAAGCGAUGAUGCGGUGAUUUUAUCACAUUUAAAAAGUACAUUGGAGAAGCUUAUAAGGCAUCUAUUCAGGAAUGUAGCUAAGCCUGUAGGCGAUACAGAACGCCGUUGUUUUGAGGAAUUGAAUCUCUAUACAGCAUCAGAUGAUUGGAUGAUGUGGGAUGCAGACACUUCAUUUCCAUUCACUGAUCCUUCAUUAGAGCUUCAUGUGAAGCAGGAUGGAAAGUGGGUUGAAAUUCUUGGUUGCGGUAAACUUAAGAAUAUUAUUAUUGAUAACAUUUUAAAGAAGCAUUUUGUUGUUAAUGAUACUACUGAUUUGAAUGAGGAUAUUGUUGGCGGCUGGGCUUUUGGAUUGGGCUUGGAACGCUUGGCUAUGGUACUAUGCAAUAUCACUGAUAUUCGUCAAUUUUGGGAAGAUGACGAACGAUUCAUGCGCCAAUAUAGUACAUUUUCACAGGAUGGUAAGCUGAGAAUUUUCAAACCGUAUAGCAAAAACCCACCGGUGUCACGUGACAUAUCAUUUUAUCUCGAUGGCCCCAAUUACACCAAAGGAAAGUUUGAUGAAUAUCAAUUUCGGCAUAUAUUUGAAGAGUUAUCGCGAGAUUACGUGGAGGACAUUACACUACUAUCGCAAUACACCCAUCCUGAAACAGGACGCAAAAGCCUAUGCUAUCGAGUGAUAUAUCGUGCUAUGGGUGAGAACCUAACUAACGCCUUUGUCAAUGACAUUCAUCAGCGUGCUCUUAAUAAAAUGUUGGACCUGUUUAACAUAGAGUUACGCUAAUGAAUAUAGAUGUAAAUAUUACGAUUAAUUUGAUAAUUUACUGUAUAUUCCAUGGUACGU